AUGGUAGCGUCAUUGGUUUUGGCUAACAUUUUCUCCAAAAUCGGCUUUUGUGCAAGUUUUCUAGCAAACUUCUUCAUCAUUUAUUUGACCGUGUUCUUUGUCGAAAAUGUCGUCGGAACGUAUAAAAAAAUGGUCAUAAUCUUUGCAUCGCUGGGAAUCAUUUUUUCGAUAAUUGAAGUAUUGGCCAGGCCGUUCGCUCAUAACUUCAAUAACUACCUCAUGUACUUUAGUUUUAAUUUUUGGAUGAAAUCUAGAGAAAUACCAGAGAUUCUUAUAAUGGUAUGGGCUGGCCUGUAUGCAACUAUACUUGCAUUUAUCACCAAUCAGUUUGUAUAUCGACAUUCUUGCCUGAUGGCUACAAACCUGAAAAAGUCAUUUGACGGAGUCGGUGGGGUAAUGCUGAUGAUGUAUCCUAUCCUUCCAGGAGCACUGUAUUCGGGGUCAUUUUAUAUAUUCUGUUUACCAGACAAUGCGGCAGAUUCCUAUGUCAGAGAGGAAAUACUAAUCAACUACGGACUAGUGAUAACAGAAGUUCCACGGUUCUUAGCUCUACCGUACAAUCCGGAUAAUACAGUGAGAUGGAGCAGCGUUUAUUAUUUUGUCGGUGCAGUUUCAAUUGUAUCAGUUCAUUACGCUGUCAUUUUUUACUAUGGCUUGAAAAUGCACUUCAACAUGAAACAGCAGCUCUUGAAGUUCUCAUCCAAAAACCGAAAGCUUCAACGUCAAUUUUUCAAGGCGUUAGUUUUUCAAAGCAUCGGCCCGACGGUAUUUUUGAUAGUACCAGCUGUCCCAGUCUUACUCUGUCCCGUAAUUGGAUCAGAUUUUCAUUUGAAGUUCAGUUGGCAGACGGGAUGGUUGUAUUCUCUAAUUGGACUUUACCCUCCAUUUGAUAGCAUUUCAUUCAUGAUGAUUGUGACGGAAUAUCGGAAGAUCAUUGCAGAAAGAUACUUGAGCUUUCAUUUAAAACGUGGAAUGGAGAACAAGCAAAUAAAUCAUUAUUACAUAUAUACAAAAAAAAAUGUUUCAUCGUUUGUUACAAUUAUAGUUUAA